UAAAUAGCUUCUCUCAUACAAUAAUGUAGAAAAAGGAAAAGUAAUUUCUAAUUUUAGUUGGUAAAAAGAAGAGAAAAAGAAGAAGAAAAAGGGAAGAUUUGGAGUGUUAAUAGAGAGAGAGAGGUAAUAUUUGGAAGGGGAUUUUGUGGCGAAAAAGGCAUUGGAACGGUAACGAACAAGAAAAGGAAAGCCACCAAAUGAACGAAAUGAACGAUCCCUUUUGUUCUUGUUUUCGCACCCAUUUCUCUUCUUCCUUCUUCCUUCUUCCUUCUUCUUCUUCUUCCAUUGGUAUUACCAUUCGUAUUACCUCACUUCUUCUUUUCACUUCUUCAUUCUUCAUUCUUCUCCAUACACUCACUCAUAUUAAGAAGAUGAAAGGCCUCCUCAAAGGCCUCAAAUUCAUGUCCCAAAUGUUUGAAAAUGAGAAAGAACCUGAAAUGCAGAUUGGCCUUCCCACUGAUGUCAAGCAUGUUGCCCACAUUGGCUUGGAUGGUCCCUCUGUUAAUUCUCCUAGCUGGAUGACUGAAUUUAAAGCUCCGCCUCCUUCAUCUGCCCCUAAUGGAGAUAUCAAAGCCUCGAACGGAGAUGCCUCUGUCUCAUGGGGAUCUCAAGAUUCAAAAAGGGAUAUGGCAGUUACGACCCGGGACUUGCCGGAGCUACCGAAAUCGUCGAGACGGCAGUCGUCGACCGUCGGCGAGUCUACGGGGAAGGAGAAAUCGGAGAAGGUAAGGUCAAAGAAAUCUUCAAAGUCGAAGGAUUCCGAUGGCGUCAGAGCGUCCCGCCGGAGCGCUGAUCUGAACCAGGGCGGCGAGUCUCCGACGCAGGGCGCCCCUGGAAUUCCAAAAAAAGCGCGGCGGAAGAGAUCGAAGGAGGACGGAUCGACGAGAUCCAAAUCCAAAGCCACGGCGGCGGAGAGUUGUUCGUCUCAGUUCUCUGAUAACGGGUCGGAUGCCGGAUCCAUAGCCGGAUCCAUUUCCAGAUCCAACGACGAGGACUUGUUAACGGGAGACGUUUUCACGUGAAAAAAAAGGGGAAGAAGGAAAAGGGGAGAGGGGCAAUUAUGUAAUUUAAGGUCGUAGGUAGGGUAACUCUUUAGUUUUACCGCAUUUUUUUUACCUUUCUUUUUGGGUUAAGUCACGAGACAUAUGAACUAGGUGUUUGGAGCACUAAAUCACAUACGUGUUCAAAAUGUUCGAUGACCCAAAAA